AUGGAGGAACAAGAAACAAGGAAGGAAGACUUGGCUACAGAAGAACAAAGACUCGUCUACAGAAGAAGAAGAACAAAACCAAAAUCAACUUUGUCAUUUCCUCUCGAACUAACCUCAGAGAUACUCUUAAGGUUACCUGCGAGAUCUGUUUUUAGGUUUCGUUGCGUACCAAAGCUUUGGUCAUCAAUCACCACCGAUUCAUAUUUCAUCAAGUCGUUCGAAACUCGGUCCUUCCUGCAGCUAAGUCUUUUAGUCUGCUUCGAAAAAGAUGGCACGUUGUUUGUUUACUCCAUUCUGCAACACCGUCAAGUCUCUAAAGAGUCUUCUUACUCUUACACUUCUUCCAAUAUCUUCUAUACGGAAUCUGUGAACGGCUUGAUCUGCUUUCAAGAUAAAUCAGGACAGCCGAUAGUUUGGAACCCUAACAAGAGACAGAUCUUAACCUUACCUAGACUAAGAGAGAACUGGGAGUGUACUAUAGCAAUGUUUUUAGGAUAUGAUCCAAUCGAAGGUAAACACAAACUAAUGUGCAUUCCUUCAAGCAGAAGUUGCGAUGUGUGCCAAGUUAUAACAUUGGGAUCAACUCAAGAAUCAUGGAGAACUGUCAAAACUAACCAUAAGCAUCAGUAUUGCUUCCGUUCAGGGCGAUGCAUCAACGGUGUUAUAUAUUAUCGAGUCGAGGCUUGGGUUGUAAUGAGCUUUGAUGUCAGAAUUGAAAAAUUUGGAAUGAUAGAUUUAUCAUCCCAUAUUCAUUGGGGUAUGCUAAUAAAUUACAGGGGAAGGUUAGCUUGUGUUGAUGAAUCAUCGAGCAAAAACAGAUUGUGGAUUUUGGAGGAUGCAGAGAAACACAAGUGGUCGAGUCAAGACUUUCUUUCACCUUUUGGUCACUUUGAGAUUUUGAAAGACUAUUUCAGUCUAAAAGGUUAUACUCAUACUGGUGAGUUUGUUUUUGAACCGUCCGUGUUUAGUAAAUCUUUAUAUAUUUUAUUUUAUGAUCCGGUGAGAAACAGCUUUAGAAGAUUCGAAUUUAAAGGCAUGGUAGACGACGAUGAUGAAACUUUCUUCAAUAAGGGACUUCAAUGCCAACGUACGUAUCUGCUCGAUACCUUCCUGAAUCACAUUUAA